AUGGAUGAUUCUCCAAGUUCAACCGACUCUGAAUAUUAUCCAAGCUACAUAUUAAGUAGCAAUGGGAAUAUCGUUCAAAAGUCAUCACCUAGUAAAGAAACUCCAAAGCAAGCAUUUCCUAUCCCAGUAGAUCGGAUUGGGAAUUAUCUCCGCUCAGGACAAAAAAUUCAUUUAGUUGGGCCAAGUUUUGGCUGCACUUUUCAUACUAUCAACGAAGAAAAAGACGAAUCCUCUUCUAACGAAAUUAGCCAAAUGCCGAAAAAGCAUUCAAAUUUUCAGCGAAGUCGACAAAGGGUCUCAUCAUUCCAAAACUAUGAGAGGAAUAGAGAACUAUUUAUUCAUAGAAGGCAGCAGACAAUGCUACUCAGCAAUACAAAAAAGAGAGAAAAUCCAAUUUUUGAAGAAAAUUUUAUUGGAAAAACACUGUCAAUCCCUAUACCGAAAUUAGGGAAACUCAAAAAAGUAUUGGAAGACAUUGAAAAUAAAGAACCGAAGAAAAGAGGUAGAAAUAUUUAUCAAAGCUUUACCCAUAGAGAGCAUAAUAAUUAUACACAAGAUCUGCAGGCAAAACUAGAAAGUAUACAUAGAAGAAAUUCUUCAGAAAAUUUAGACAAAAAAGAAAAAGUAAACAUAAGAAUGAGCAAAAGCUCACACAGUACAAAAAAUAUUGCGCCUUUGCCUAAAGAAGUAAUAGACCGAAUUAAAAUGAAAGUUCAAGGAACAAUCGGAUAUAAAGCAGUCAAUAUAGAACUGAAAAAAUACAUUAAUUUCAAACUUAAAAACCCAGUAAGUUUAUCUGGCUAA